AUGGCUACAGCAGUAGUUGUCGGAAGGGCGCCCACGGUGCAUACUCUGCCUGGCACUUCGAAUAUUCCCCCGACUCAGUUUCCAGCGCCGGAAGCCGUUGGGGACGUGGAUCCUUUGGCCGAAGCUGAGAACAUCAUUUGUCUCCUCAAUGAUAGCUUUGGCGAUGCAACUUUUCAUGCUACGCAAAAUCUCUUUGCGAAACAGGGAUACUGGCGCGACCAUUUAAUCUUGUCGUGGAACUUUAGAACCGUCCAAGGCCCUGCUCAAAUCGGAGAGUUUCUUAGAGAAUGUGCACAGUCGAAAGACGGAUUCCGAAUCAAGCACAUCACAAUUGACAAGCAGGGUCCGGUUCGUCAACCCUCGGUGUCCCCGCUCGAUGGUGAAGGCAAAGUCUCUGGCAUCACCGCAUUCCUGUCCAUUGAAACAGUGUUGGGCGCCGGAGAGGGGUUUAUUCGCUUGGCCCAAGAAGGCGGCAAAUGGAAGAUAUUCACCAUUUACACCAGUCUUCGGUCAUUGAAAGGUCACUCUGAAAACACCUUUUCGCGCCGCCCGCGAGGUGUCAAUCACGGCGAACAGCCCGGUAGGCGAAACUGGGCAGACGACCGGGCCUCGGCUGUCGCCUACGACGACGGGAGUGAGCCGGCCGUGUUAAUUAUUGGCGCCGGCCAAGCUGGCUUGACGGCAGCAGCCAGGCUCAAAGCGCAGGGCGUCAAUGCUCUGAUUGUCGACCGCAAUGACCGGGUAGGGGACAAUUGGAGACGGCGCUAUCAUCAUUUAGUCCUACAUGACCCAGUGUGGUAUGAUCAUAUGCCUUACUUGAACUUUCCUCCGCAGUGGCCCAUCUUCGCGCCAAAGGACAAGAUAGCUCAGUGGUUCGAAGCCUACGCCAACAUCAUGGAACUCAACGUAUGGAUGAAGACGAGAGUCAUGGAAACAUCGUGGGAUGAGACCAAGAAAUGCUGGACUGUCUGCGUCGAGCGCACAACGGCCGAUGGCUCGGUUGAGCGACGCACCUUUCAUCCGCGUCACAUUAUCCAAGCCACCGGUCACUCUGGCGAAAAGAACCAACCAGAUAUCAAAGGGGCAGACGCGUUCAAGGGGGAUUUGAUUUGCCAUUCUUCCGAAUUCUCGGGGGCUCGACAAGGUAGACGUGGCAAGACUGCCGUGGUGGUGGGCAGCUGCAACUCCGCCCUCGACAUUGCCCAGGAUUUUGCCGAAAAGGGCUACGACGUCACGGUUGUGCAGAGAUCGAGCACACAUGUUGUCUCGUCGUAUGCCGUCACUGACAUCGCCCUAAAGGGGCUUUAUUCAGAGGGUGGUCCCCCUGUCGAGGAUGCCGACUUGAUUAUUCAAAGCAUGCCCAACAGCGUGCUAAAGGCAAUCCAGGUCAAGAUUGCAGAAAUUCAACGUAACCAUGACAAGGACAUGCUUCAGGGGCUGGCCAAGGCUGGCUUCAAGGUCGACAACGGACCUGACGAGGCGGGUCUGUUCUUCAAGUAUUUCCAAAGAGGCGGAGGAUAUUACAUUGAUGUCGGGGCGUCGAAACUGAUUAUCGAUGGCAAGAUUAAAGUCAAGCAGGGUCUGGAGGUUGCCGAGAUACUUCCAGAUGGCCUUCGCUUUAGCGACCAGUCGGAGCUCAAGGCUGACGAGAUUGUUCUCGCGACGGGCUAUCAGAGCAUGAAGUCUCACACGAGACAAAUCUUUGGUGAUGGCGUUGCCGACAAGGUGGAAGAGGUCUGGGGGUUCAAUGAGGAAGGCGAAUGGCGCACCAUCUGGCAGCGCAGUGGCCAUCCCGGACUCUGGUUUCAUGGCGGCAAUCUAGGUCUCUGCCGGUAUUACUCUCGGCUCCUGGCUCUCCAGAUCAAGGGGAUGGAGGAAGACCUUUACAGCUAUGACGAGAACUAG